UGGUUUUUUUUCUAUUUAACGAGCUUUAAUAUAUUUCCCCCCCGGUCGACAAGAUGAUGAAGAAAGCUACCCAGCUGGAGAUCGACGAAAGGGAAAGGGUGUUUCAACCGAAAGUCGCCUAUUCCAACCCGGUGGUGCACGUAGGUUUCUGGUUCGACGAGCAGGCCAUACAAGAGGACAACAUGCGCGUCGUGGCGCACAAGCGCGACAAAUGCCAAUUGCUGGUGCAAAAAACGAGAAGGAUGUACAGGAACGUGCUCAAAGCCACGACGCUGGCGCUGAAAAGGCGCUUCGUUAUAUUCGGUGAAAAGUACCAAUUCACCUCUUGCUUCGUCAGAGACUUCAUGAACAGAAGGAUGUACCUAGCGGCGACUAUUAACGAAAAGGAAAUCGAUAAAGUGUUGCACUUUCAGCACGGCUGUAGGGUCACAGCCACUUCCAUGCAGGAUCCGUGCGUUAGAAACACCUUCAUGAUCAAAGGAGCGUCGACCCAUAGAGACGGGCAACAGGUACUGCUGGGAGAGGACGUUUUGAUUCAAAUAUCCGAGAGUUCGGGUCCACCGCUGUACGUGCAAUGCGAAAAUAGCACGGUCUCCACGUUCGGUUUGCACCUGGUUUGCAAUUUAUCCCAAGAUCCCGAUAUGUACUGCAGAUUCAAAUUUUUGCACGGAGAUCCCGCUUUGCGCAACAAAACGCUCGGCACUCCUUUCUCUCCUGACACCACGCUCAUCAUACAGCAUUCCGCUUCGGGACAGAACAUGGCGCUGGAAAAUAAAAGGCUGUUGGCUACGUUAUUCGGAUCGGAAAUCCAGGUGACAUGCCAUACGUUUAGGGAUUACCACAAGGUGGACGGGCACGAAAAUUACUGGAAAAUUGUCACGAGGUUUAUUUCGAAUAACGCUUUGUACAUUAAAGCUGCUAAAGGUGAAGAACUGACUCCCGACGAACUGGAACAAAUAUGAUUUGAUGUGCUUGUAGUCGUUCGAUAAAUUGGAUAUAACUUCUUUAAAUUUGUUUAAUUCGAUCAAAUCUAUGAAUAGAGGC